AUGAAAGCAACUAAACUAAUAAAAGCGGCCGCAUUGACGGUUUUUUCCCGCUACUUGUUACAGAAUGGCUUGCGGGAAAAAACCUCGCCAAUAUUUAUAGUUCAUAGAACCUAUAUUGGCACGCAUACAUUUGUUGCGGCAACCGCGCGCGGUACUGUCAUUCUUCGGAACACCGUCAUGAAGAACUAAAUAUGCAUAAGUCAUUAUCAAUAUUAUGCACGUCCUCUGCAUCAUGGAAGGACCUCUUUCAAAUCUCAUACUUGGUUAAUUAACCACAGAAGUAAUGUUACAAGCUGUAUGAUCCCCUUUCAAAAAAGGCGUAAGAGUUCAAAGAAAGGCCUGAACAAACUAUUGAUGAGCGUCAUCCUGUGUCCGGAGUUCAAUGCAAGUCAAAGAUACUUAAAUUCCGUAGAUGAUGCUUGGACUUGACUCUAGAUGGUUCACUUACCAACUACCAGUGGUCGACAUUGGGAACACUGAACUGUAUUAGAACAGACAUAGUGCCAGUAAAAGUUAGUUAACCAAAUAAUAAGAAUAAACAAUUAACUGAAAAUGGGGGUAACAUUGGGGGGUUGCUAGAUACGUGUAAUCUGAACGAAAAUAUAAGUUCAUUCACAGGAGGCGGAUCCAAUGGGACAUUUUGAGGUUCUUAAAUCUUCAGCUAGUCAGUGGAUGGACCCAAUAUUUGCGAAAUUAGUGAUGACGUUUUAUUUUUCUGCUUCUUAGUAUUAGAGCAACAACAUAUACAGCUCUCGUGAAAGCCAUCUCCAAACUGUGAAAAUCGUGUCCAGUUUCGCGGUUUUUAACCGUAGUGUGUGUCUCGUGCGGUUUUGCGGUUUGGUGGUAUACCGCUUGCGGGAAAAAAAAACGGGAGUGCGGCCUAAGCCUUAGAGUGAGAGAUUCACAUUAGCGACUUUAUAGGUCCUUUGAGAAUUUUUGAGGCUUCACAUAUGUAAAAUAAUAAUAAUUGUGUUCUGAACGACUUAGGGCCAUAUCGUCAGUCGUUCCUACAAUUGUAGGACGUCUUUAUGGCCUCCUCGAUUGUCAUAGUCUUUUCUCUCGUUCAGAAAUUUCUAGAUUUUACCUGUCCCGUGCCAGCGUCAGCGCUCUUCUAUUAUAAAGUUAUGUUUUCUUUGUAGGAAAUUUCAGGCUGAUAAAACAGAUGAUGUAACUCAAAAGCAUAAUAAUUUGAUGCUAAUAGAUAUUUGUGACAUAUAGGGCGCUAACACGGAACAGUAGCAGACUAUGAAAAUCAAGGAUUCCAUAAAGGCGUCCUACAAUUGUAGUCGAAACGUCAGACGGGAAAACAGUCUCGCAGUGAUGCUGAAACACAACGAAAACUGCAACCGUGGCCAGCAGGAAGUUGAAGCAGGAGUAAAAUAUAAAAAAGAAAAGCUGCAGAACAAAUCUUCAGAGCAGUCCCAAAGUGGAUCAGACCUAUCUUGAACCCAAGCAAGCAUUAAAGUUGGAGGAAAAACCAAAUCCGAACAAAUGAAAGCAUGGAGUCAAUUUGUAGCCGAAUCCAAAUCACAAGCAAAUCAUCUCAAUCUCAAUCAACUAUGCAAGAUAUAUCACAAAGCCAGUUUGCUGUCUAAACUCGAAAUAAUGUUGGAGCCAAGACCGAUCCCUGCAGAAUGCCUACAUUGACAUUUCGGGAUGAAGAGGAGAACCCGUCAAUCACGACAGAUAUCUAGGCCAUAGCAUAAUAAUCUUAAGAGCAAAUCAAUAAAAAUGAAUAGAAUGAACUGAGCUUUACCUGAAGAAUGAUGUGGACUGCUAGAAGAAACGUCCGAUGAUUGCGAGCCGAACCGCAAAAGUUCGUCCUCCUCCCUAAGGCCGCUGGAAGCUCUCGAUUCAGUCUGCGGACUGACUGGCGAUUUUGCGAACGCCAUACCCCUACCCGUCGGUCAAACAGCUAAAACAAUCAGCAUAAAAUUCAAAUGGUUUAAAGCUCAGUACAACACGUGGCUGUGAUGGAUGAUUCUGUAUCAGAAGUGGGAUGAUUGGCAAAGGGAAAGAAUUUGGCAUGGUAUGGUUGGACAGCUAAACCCCAACAUAGCUUCCCUCAAGUGCUAUGACCUGCCCUCGAGAUGUUGAACUCCAAGCAGCAUAGAAAACUCAUAACUGCCUUCUAAAAACCCACGGAGUAGCAACAAGGCAACGUCUAAAUAUCCGUGUUUCGUGACUGAUAUAGAAAUCCUCGAUUACAUAAGUCAAAAAUAAAAUACAGUUCUUGGGUUAUAUUAAAUUCCACAGAAUUAUGACGCGAUUAUUCGCAGGGCACCUGAGAAUUUAUAAAGUGGAUCCCAUCGAUUUUGUCAAUUUUUGUACAAUUUCGGUAUAAUAGAUGAUCUUAGGAUGAUGUUCGAUUGCACAAAUAGAAAAG